AUGCCCAAGGCGCCCGCGGCCGCGCCGGGGUCCGCGAUCGACCCCGCGACGCGGCACGUCGUGCAGACGAUCCAGGAGGACUGGGAGAACCGCGAGCUCGUCGAGAUCGUCCAGAUGAACCUCCUCACCAUCACCAACUUCCUCAACCGCUUCGACACGUCCGCGCGCUACAAGCUCGCGCGCAUCAACGAGAAGCUCUCCAAGCUCGAGCGGAGCCUCGACUACUGCGAGUCCGCCGUGAAGAGCACCAUGGAGGGCGAGUAG